UAUAACACUGCUGAUAUAUUCCUAAAGAGGAAAAAACAGUAGAAUUAUCCUACUACACAUUGACUUGGACUGUUUCUCUGACUGGUCCAACCAUUUUGAGAACCUCAAACAGGUAAACUUCGAUUGACCCAUGUAGUUUCUUGCUUUGAUUUUCUUUUUCCUCCAAGAUUGCAAUUUUAGUGUUUGAGACUUUUAUUGAUGUGUGUCUCUACCUGCAACAUCAUUAAUCUGAUAUGAGCGACUUCAUUCUUGACUUAGCAGAGUGAGGGCAUGUUUUGGUAUAUCCAAUUUCUCCUUCUUUCUCUGUUUUUUGAAGAAUUUUCUUGCCAAAUCUGGAUUGCUUAGUUUCUGCCAGAAAAAAGCUGACCUUUUUAGUCCUUGAUUACACUUUUCACUAGGAUUUAGUUGAAUUACUAGAUUUUUGUGUUUGUCUAGAUGGAUAGAAUCCACAAAGCAGUAUACUAUUGCUCAGUAUCAAAGGGGGGUCAAAUUCUGUAUUCAUUUAAUGGUGGUGAUGAUGAGAUUGAGGACUUGGCUUUAUUGUGCUUACAAAGGACACCUCCUUAUCAUAAAUGCUACUUCCACACCAUGGCUAAAAAGACUUUUGGGUUCUUGAUGGAAGAGGGCUAUGUUUGUUUUGCUAUUGCUGAUGAGGGUCUUGGUAACGCUGAAGUUCUUCGGUUUCUAGAACAAUUGAGGGAUGAAUUCGGAAAGGUGUCUAAAAAGGGUUCCGGACGGAGUAUCUCAAAUCUGAAUUCACUCUGUUUACAAGAACAACUAGUUCCUGUUAUUCGGCAUUUGAUUACUUCCUUGGAGCAUGUAUCUCGUAAUGACACUGGGCACGGUGGCACUUGUGUUUCGCCAUAUAACAAUGUGAAUGCACAAAUAGAGGGUGGAAGAGCCCCUCUAUUAGCCAAGCCUACUAGACAAGACAAGAAGAAAAUGAAGGAUCAUGCAAUUUCCAUGAGAGGUAUUGAGUUGGAGGAGCACCGCAAAUCUACAGAACGAGAUUCAGGAAGAGAGAUUGAUCCGAAUAAUGAAGGUGCAACAGUUCCUCCACCGAAGGAGUUUGGGUUGAGGAGGAGUAGAUCCGACUCUCUAAACUUGCAAAGGAGGUGGUGCCGCCAAGUACGCAUUGUCCUUGCCAUUGAUGCUGCACAUGGACCCAAGCGCAUUUCUGAAACUACUCCGGACACAUUACUUGUUCAGGAAGAUGGAUAGAGAAUUUCACAUAUCAAUCAACUUCUAUGCAUAAAUCCAAGUAUAAGUUACGAACUCAUUGUAUAGUUUGAUCUCAUGUUUAUGGAUAUAAUAGUUGAUGCAGUACACUACAAUCGGAGUUUCUUGUUUGGCUAAAGGAGUCCAUCCUAUUUGCAGCUUGCUGGAACCAAAAGUAGUACUUCCUUUCGUUAUUUUGAAGCUUUUGUUCUUUCAGCUUGCGAUUUGUAUAUUAACAACUUGGCGCUUACGUGCACAAAACAUGUUUCUACAAUGUCCCCUCCUUACUGUCACAGUGAAAUACAGCAUCUGUCUGCUCUAUUGAGAAAUUUCUCCUGUACUUUCUGAAUAUCUUCCUUUUUGGAAGGUAAUUUUUCCUUUUAGGAGUGGUGGGCAGGCAGCUCUUUGCUCUGCAGGGACAAGAGCUAUGACGAACUUGCGAAAUUUGAGUACUCAAACUAGUGUGGAAGGACAUCCACAUCAAGACUAAUAACUGACAGAACUUUGGGACAGUUAGAUACAUAUACAAGGGGUUGAGAAUGACGUUAAUUGCUUGGUUUACUCGAGUAGUUUCUAUUUAAAUUGACGCCCUUCACUCAGUAAGGCAGAUAAAUAAUUUACAUCCUGGUUGGGGGAAUGUGCUUAUACUCGGUGGCUGGAUUUGAUUUUUUUAGAUAACGGUUGGUGUCCACCCACUAGCACACGUAUUAAAUAACUUCAUCCGUCGAGGUUUAGGCAGAUGGGAAGAAAUUAUCUAGCACUUUGUCGUCUUUACUAUUAUUUGAACUCUGAUCUUCAUUGUUUUCGCACUUCAUUAACCGCUAGACCACACCCUUGGAUGCAUGGUCGGACUUGAUAUAUGAUUAUUCUAGAUUGGAAAUGUUGUUUCUGC